UUUAUAUUUCAAGUGUCAAAUAAAGUGGAAUUACCGUGAAGCGUAAACAAUUAUUUAUAAGGUUUGAAUUGGAAUGAAUAGUAAUGGUACUCUGAUUGUUGAGUAUUUUUGAUCAGAGUUUUCAGCAAUAUAUUGUGAGCAAAUAAAUAAAUAUCUAGUAAUAUGGAACCGUCAUCACGCGAAGAUGUCGCUUUGAAAUCAGCUGAAAUAAAAAGCAAUGAAGAACGGAAGAAACUUUUGAGACGAAUCUUUCUUUUUAGCAUAAUCGGAUUUUCGUUGGACAUCAGUGGAUUUACAGCACUGAGAGAUCUACAAACCAGCAUCAAUGCGGAAGAAGGCUUAGGAAGUAUGUCUUUGAUGACAGCGAUGGGUUCGAGCAUAUUCUGCAGCAUCUUCGUGGCGCCAAUAAUAAUUAAUUUUUAUGGCGUUAAAGCUGCGUUAGUAGCGUGCGAUAUAAAUCUUUUUAUAUUUGUACUUGCUAAUUUGUAUCCAACCUGGUAUACAAUGAUACCGGCAUCAUUUCUAACUGGAAUCGGGAUAUCUCUUAUGUUUAUAUCGAUGCAAACUAUGUGCGUUUAUGUCGCAAAAGAAAUGUCUCUUCUUUCGCCGAUAUCAAAGAAGAAAAAUUACCAUGGAGUAUAUUUUGGAAAAUAUUACGCUGCAAUGGGAAUAUCUCGGCUAUUUGGAAGCGCGCUCGUUUAUGCUAUAUUGCACGGAAUGAAAGAAUUGUUUGAUCAUGAAGAGGAAGGAAGACAAAAUGGUUUUAGCAAUGAUACAACAUUCCAAAAAAAUUAUUCCUCGGGCGAGGAUUGGUCAAAAUGUGUCGCAAACGACUGCCAGAUGGAUUAUAUUUACGACAAAACAAACGAAAAAUUAGACAAGUUCAAACCGAAAGGAUUUUCCCUUCAAGUACUGUUGUCUAUAUUUGGUGUAAUGCAUAUUCUAGCCGUUAUAGUUCACGGGAUUCUGGUGCCACAAAUUCCAUCAUCAUAUGUUAAAGGUCACAGAAAGCCGUCAUUUUUCAACGCUUUGAAAGUUCAACUGCGGGACACAUUUCAUCGCUGGACAUCGUUAUCCAUUUUGCUCAUAUUCCCUGUUUAUAUUACAGCUGGCCUAAUGAUAUCCUACGCGGCAUCGGAGUUAACUCGCGCGUACGUGUCUUGUACUUUAGGAGUGGAAAAAGUUGGAAUCGCAAUGGUUUCAUACGGAAUAGCAGCGUCGCUAGCAUCUGCUGUAUUCUCUCGGAUUUCUAGGAAGAUAACUCGGGCAAUUCUACUCAUUGGUGCUCUAGUUAUUGAUGCUGUAAAUUUUGUGGUUGCUCUUAUGUGGUAUCCGACUCCUUCUACAGCCUUUGUGAUUUAUAUCCUGGCGGCUAUGUUUGGAAUUACAUUCUCAAUGAUCAUGAACGGCAUAACAAGAACCACAGCAGUUCAUCAGAAAGACUCGGUAGCAAUCGGCUACUCCGGGCAAACACUGAUGAUUAGUAUUGGAUCAGUUAUAGGAUUUGCAUGGAGUGUUCCCCUUUGUGUGAAAACCAAAAUUUAUAUUCUUAUUCCGUACUACAUACUCGCCAUUGCUUCAUGGGGUUUAGCUGAUUUCAAACUGAGAACUCAAAAAGUGUCCACGGAACAAGAAGCAGAAAUAUAAUAUUUGAUCCAAAAGUGUAUCGAGCAAUAUAUUGCUAAUAUCAAGUUAUAAUGCAACUCUUUCAAAGAUACCUCGAUUUAUUUAGUUGGAGAGUAACAAUUGUGUGCGAUAUUUCUAUAUAAAUAAAAUAUAAGUAAAAUAACUGAGGAAUUUAAUGAUAAAACUACGAACAGAGAAACAACUAUUAAAUCUUGAUUCGCCCUUAGUAUUUGGGUAUUGAAUGUCGACAUCAUGAAAUUAUACUUGAUUGUUCAACUUGUCAAGCCACAGUCAAGACUUCACACUUUAUGGGACGUGUUUUAUCAUAGUAUUAAGACGUUUAGUAGGCGUAUCUUCGGAUAAACGAUAAAGUAAUGAAAUAUCGUAAAAUAGAUAAGGCUGUUUCGUUGAAAUACCCAAAACGACAAUG